AUGCAGCCAGGCAGCAUUUCCCCCGUCGAGCAGCUGGUGGCCGGCACCAACCCGGCCGCCCUGCCUCUGGUGCUUAUCCACGAUGGUGGGGGCACUGUUGACAGCUAUCGGUCUCUAGGCCCUUUUGAGUGUGACAUCUAUGCCAUCUCAGACCCCCGCUUCGAGGACGAGCAGCCUUGGCAAGGUGGCAUGCGCGAGAUGGCACAGGCCUACCUGGACCUGAUCAAGGAGAAAGUCCCUAGCAAGGAGAUUCUCCUUGGCGGUUGGUCCUUUGGUGGCCUGCUGUCCGUCGAGCUGGCAUGCAUGCUCGAUGGUGACGACUCCCUCAAGGUGGCGGGGCUGAUCCUGAUCGACACGCCUUAUGCGAGCAUCGGCGACCGCACCCUGCACGAUGUCAUGUACAGCGACAUGCCCGACCUCCCGGGGAUGCCGCCCCGGCUGCGUCGCAGGAUCUACUCGUCGAUCCAGCGGGCCCGGCAAAUGAUGUUCCACUGGCAGGAGCCCAGCGCUUACCAGUCGUCGGGCGGGAUCAGCGACAGUGACAGCGACGAGGGGUCCCCGAUCCCUUCCCAGCUGAUCCGCCGAAGGGCCAAGUUGCCCCCGGCAGUCCUGCUCCGCGCUUCCGAGUUUGUUAAGCCGGGUGCCGGUGCCGUCCAGCAGCAGCAGCAGCCUGUCUCUGUGGUCGACAGCUUCCGUCGUGACCCGACGCUUGGCUGGGACCGGUACCAGGAAUCGUUCAUUGAUCUCGUCUGGAAUGUACCUGGCAGCCACUACAGCCUGUUCGAGUCCCGCAAUGUUCGCCAUCUGAAUGAGAGGCUUUCUAGUGCGUACAACUAUCUUUGGAACACCAAGGUGGUAGGCUAAGGUCUGCGCUGGAGGAGAUUGUGGUUGGAUGAUUUGAUUAUACAUGAUGAGAGGAACCUUGGGUUAUCAGGCUUGAAAACUUUCGUGGAGCAGCCAAUGUUUAUUUUGAACUGGCGCAUUUUGUCUGCCGUUUGAUACUCGUUGAAAAUAUCUCGUAUUCUGAUUUGCAUUUACUCACACUAGUCUCUUUCUAUGCAAC